ACUGACGCCUCAGAGGAUUUGCAGCGGAGGUUGAGGGCGGUGUCACAAACCACAUCCUGCCCUUACCAGCCAACUGUGUCACGUUGCAGUCAAACUUCUUCCUCAUCCGAACCGUGAUAUGCGGCUGGUUGUUCAAGAUAUUCCAUGAAGCAAGAGGGGGUUGUGCCAAUAACAUUAAAGAGGAAAUCAAUUGGGAAAGAAGAAUACGCAGUGAGAUGACAAUAUUGGGCCAAUAGACAGAUAAUGAGAAUGUUUCAGAAUGUUCUGCUGCUGUGCCUUCCACACCUCCUUGCCACUCUUAAUCUCUUCUCGGAAACCCCCAAUAAGACAGAAGCCACACAAUCAUCAGAACUUGGGAGCUAUGCUUACACAGAACAACAUCAGCCCUCAUCCCAGUCAACUGCUGACUACUUAAAUAACCAGAGGGACAUGUUCAGUACUCAAGAGAGGUUUACCAUCAGUUUAGCAACUGACAAAAAUGUAGACGACACAACUCAUGAAGACAUUGGAGGAACCGAAACCAAUGCUUCUUCAACUGUUCUAGCAAGCAAUGAACGCACACCUUUAAAGGAAAAUAAAUCAGAUGUUGAAACAAACUUUUUUCCAACAGGAGUAGCCCAUCACACCCCUGCAGACUUAGGAAGUAUGCCUGUGGUGGAUAGUAUCCCAGAGGAUACCAACUGGACACAGAUCAAGACAAAAACUUCAACAAACAUAGAGACAGGUCCGAACAAAGACACAGAUAUUGGGUUAAGCAACAAUAUGGAGGGGGUCUCACCCUCCAGUAUAGUGACAGUUACAGACACUUUAGAUGUAAUGACAGGAGCAGAAAGAACAACUAUCAAAUUACAAUACCCCAAGGACCAUGUUAAAGUAAGUGCUCAUGUGAAUGGGUUACGGUUAGAUGGUGCAGUAAAGCACCUAAACAAAGAUAAUGACCCUGACACCCAUACAGAUGCACUGCUACAUAGCAGAAUUGUCACACAUUCUAAUCAGGAUUCAUUUAAUUUAAGUAACCAUCCUCAGCCACGCUCACAAAUAAAAUGCACAUUUCUGGACAUAUUGUCGAGAACACACACACGGAAACACUUAGUAGGGGUUUCAGAUGAGAACAGAAGAGCUGACAACAUGACUUUGCUUCUGAUAGCCAAAAAUGCAAUGGGCAUCCUACCCCCUCAAAGUACUGUACCUCAUUGCAAAGAUGUAAACAGGACAUCCUCACCUCUUCGAUCCUCUAGGCUGAUCUGUUUUAUUGUUCUGUGGGCCCUCGGAGUGACCGCUGCUGUCUUUCUCGGUCUGACUAUCUUUCUGCGGGUGUGCUUGUCUGUCCAGAAGGAGAGGGGUCGGAGGGGAAGUGGUAGACUAAGAGAAACUGCUAAAGGUUUGGAUAUGCAGAGUUUGUGGGUGGCCCAGAAGUCAUCGGUGGAGGAGAGAGUGGAAUUUUGGUAUGCCAAUGGAGCAACAAUGGAAUUUGACAACAGGGGGAAAGAUAGUGAGAAGGGAAGACUAAAAUGGGAGAGGGGGGAGGGCUUUUGGGCUCAGCCUAAAGUGACACUGGAUGACAUUACAGAAUUUUGGUAUGUGAAUGGGAGAGCAUUAACUGAGACACAGAUAUAGACUCACUGUGAAAAUGAAGAAGACUGCAUUACUGUGCUGUGUCUGCACGGACAAUGAAAGAGUAGAGUUCAGAUUUCUUGUGAAUUCUUGUGGUAUGCUACUUCAUUGAAACCAGAUAUUACCAAAGGCAUCUUGUAAAUAUUAUUCGAAGUUUUAUUUUUGGAUGUUUUGUACUGGAACACCAUGUGAGGAGUACUGUUUGAUAUUCAGCUGGGAAUAAACUAAUCUAACUCCAACUGUGAAAUGUGUAUUUACAAGUACCUGUAAUAAAGUAUACAAAACUGACCCCCAGAUGCUAGGCAUAGAGUGGCAUGCCCAUUGCAUUGCAAGUAGUGACUCAGAGACUUGGAUGAUGAUCAGUUGAUAGCCCAGUUUAUUUUUGCUCAUUGUAUCAUUACCAAAGUGUGUGUAAAACACGUACAAAGAGAACCAGUAACGUGUAACCAUCUAAUCGUAAAAUAACCAAUUUGUAAUAAGAAUUAAAUACAAAUCAUUGCAAAACAUAACUUAUUUUUAGCCAAACAUAAAGGCAGUCGCAGUCAAAUUAAAUGGCAUACGUAUGGUGUUCAUGGGAGCUUGUAUAGUGAACAUAACGCCAAAGUCCAGAUGCGUAGACAGUCUAUGUCUAGACUGCAGGAGUAAAGUCUAGUGUUUGCUCUAUGAAACUUUGAAAGUGCCAUCUUAGUCUUAAUUUAAACAUAGUUCUUUCAAUACCAUUCAAUUUUUGGCAUCUAGCUAUUAAAUGUCAUUAAGCUGAUAAAGCUGAAAUAAUGUCAAGAUCUCUUAAGACAUACUGCUAUACAUGUUAGGCUUAACAUAACAUUUUAAAGUCAAUUCAACUGGAUAACAAACUCGUGUGAGUUUUUAAAAUUGUUCUGUACUUUGCUGAAGCAAAUCCAGACACAACCUAACAAACCUAUGCUUAGAAAUUGUGGCUGAGGAAUUAUAUUGAUCUCCAGUCAAAGUUUACCUACUAAACCAUGAAGUAGUUUCUAUUAAACACGUUAUUUCUUGCAAUUAUGAUUUGUCUGAACUAGGCAUUUAUGGAUAUGCCAUUGAUCCUGAAUGUUUAUUUUUACAAUUUUCCAUUGUCAUAGGUUUGCUGCUACAAAGUGCACCUAUGGUCUUGACUUGGAGUAGAAAUCGAUCAGAAAUUAGAUGUACAGUGCGGAUUAGUGCCGUAAAGGCACAUUGGAUGUGACAAGUAUAACAUUCUGACUAACUGGUGACUGGCUACAAACGCAUUGGCAAAGUGUGAUGGAUAAUAAACUGCCAUGUGACAUUUAAGGACUUCCUUCUCACUCUCUCAUUCUCACACUUUCAAAUGGCCUCCGCCCUUUGUAGCAAUAACAGACACACAAACACACACACACACACAGAUACAUACAAGUACAGACAAACACAUUUAGAAAAGCACACAUACUCAUACAACGUAUAUUCAUGUGCUUAGCUUGCAUGAAACAUGCAUCCCACUAAUUCAAUUUGACAGCUUCCCACAAAAAAUUAUAUCUUCUCCUUUUCUUGAGAAAUAAGCACAAACGUAUUUAGGCACACAGUUACUUGGCACCUCUCCAACCACACCUAUCUUGGUAUUGCAGUUACAAAAACAGGACUGAGAAGAUAGACGACUUACAAAAAACGGGGACAGAUACCGAGAAGAGAGACAAAAAAGUGAUAUAUUUUUAAAAAAAAAAUGGGCAUAACAUGCCCAUAAGGUUAUCGUGGCUUUUCAGCACGUUUGCAACUUUAACUGUUCGUCUUUUGAAGACACUGUCAUGAAACACAUUCCUGUUUGAACAACUUAUACUGCAAUCACUUGCUCGGCACAGUGUGGGAUGACAACAGAACAAGGGUGGGUAAAGAGGAAGCAAAGGGUUGCAGUUUUCUAGCCUAAAGAAUCUGCUCACAAAUACAUCACAACUUGAACGAAACUGAGCUGAGAAGAAAAUAAGGGGUUUACACUGAAGUUCCCUUGUGUUCAGGCACAGUGAAAACAUAUUUUCACCAACAAUACCUCUCUUAUACUUCCUAAAGGAAGAGAGGGAGAGUUUUGUAUUCUGAGAAUACGAAAGAAAAAAUCAUAACUUCAAAGGAACUUUAUGCACUCUGACCUUUUGUGAACCCUUCCUGUCCUGGUGCAUUAUGGCAUUGAUGAAGAAAGAUGAGUUCAUUCUUUUCCCAGUCAUUAUUUUCCUCAUUUUACCUGGUCACCCUGCCCAAGACAUUGAAAGCACCACAGUUGUGGGUGCCACCAUGACAGCUCCCAUAACUGUAGACUCUUCGGUCAAGAUCAUCAGGAAAACAUUUACACCGUUAGAUGUUACCUCAGCAAUGGUACCUACUGAACCCCCUCUGAUGACAUCACCUGCAUCUACAAUAUCAACUACAGCAGCAUCUACUCCUGAGAAGACCACCACAGUGCCAACUGAGAAAAUUGACAAAACUAAUUGGGAAGCAACCACCACCCAUGUGUUUAUCCCAGUGAGCUCAAUUGAUGCUAAAAGCACCACAAUUUUGCUGCCAGUCUCUAAAGUGUCCACAACCUUUUCAGUGAAAAUUACAACGGAAGUUUCCCACAUUGCAACAGAGGGCCCUGCAUUGGACACAACCACUCCACUUGAACCCACUACGCUCCAAGACGUUUUGCCAACUGUGGUUUCCCUACUGCCAAACACUUAUCAGAAGCUGUUGACUAAUGACCUCACUGCAUGGUCUUUUCAAACCACCACUCCUUCCACAGAGGGCUCCCCCACACUGUUAACAGAAUCAACUACCCCCAUUGUGAUGCGUAUGCAUACAGGCAGGUUCUCUAACCCCAGCACCACAGACACCUCUAGAUCAUCGCUGGAUUCAGUCCUAAUUGAAGAUCCCUUAAAACCAAGCUUAUUAUGGUCAAUUAUUGUCACCACUCUGGUUGGUGUGAUAGUUGUGGCUGGAGUUAUGUGUCUCUACUUGUUUGUUAACUUAAAAAGACCCAAACGGACCAAGCACUUUGGCUCCAACCUACGGAAUGGGCAUGGGUCCAAGCGCAAGAAAAUGGCAGAGGAGGAUGCAUGGGCAGGACCAGUGAACCUGGGGAACGGAGAAGGAGAGGAAUGCGAUGGUGUGGAGGAGGGGGGAACCUGGAGGACAAUCACAAGGAGGCCAACGGGACAGAGGUGGUUCUCAGCACGUUUAUCGCUAAUGAGACUGACGGAGGGAGGGGAGGGCCUGAUAGUGGGGUAGGAGGACCUGGGUCAGUAGAGGCCCAACGAUGGGAGGAGGAGGCACCACUUUUGUACAUCGAUGAAAAUGUGAAGAGGGAGACAGGGGCUACUCAGAAAGAGGAGGCUGCUCUCUUGCCCUCUAAAACUAACUCUGAAUAUGAGAAAGAACAGAACAAUGGUGAAGACAUGAAGGUGGGCGGGACAGAGAAAGUAACUGAGGAUGGAAAGAGUGAGAGAGAAGGGUUGAAUGGAGGAGCAGCAUUCUGCAUAACCACCGCAGUUUAACAAACCUAACAGUUUGUAUAUAAAACAUUUAAAAUGAAGGUUGUAUUGUACAUUCAUUGUUAUUCUUUACAAAUGUAUUGACAUUUGUAAAAAAAAAAAAAGAGUUUUUUUUAUAUAUAAUUAAACUGCCUAUGUUAUGGUUUAGUCAAUUUCUCCUGUUGGAGAGCAUUCUUUCACAUGGGACAGAGGAGGCUUUCUUGCACAAACACUUCAGUGCCAGCUGGUACUGUAUAAGUGGGGGUACACAGAUUUGGUUUGAGCCAAUAGUGAAGUGGAUUUUCCCAUUUCACUUCACACAGGUGUCCUGUCACCAUACAGGAGGGUAACUUUAUAAACAUAGACUCAAACCUUUAUAUUUGCCUAAUAUUUAGCCUUUUGUUGCAAUUUUGUUUUAGAUAUGUUUUAGCUAUUUAUGCCACUGCAGCUGUUGCUUGUGUAGUUACUGGACGGAGGACAGAGAGAGGAGAGCAGGAAUUAGAGAAUGCAAGGAGAACAAACAGUUACAAUGAUAUUAAGAAUGAGGUCCCCACCGGUCAAGUGUGGACUAGUGCAGCAAUUUAGCAGACCAAAAAGGGUAUUUGAUGCAGCCCUAGACACUAAGACAGCUCCAGCCCCCCUCGGUUGAAACAUGAAAUAACCCGAAGAAUAACCCGUCCCCCGCCCGUCCCCCGUCGUCUCCAACUAGAAACUGGUUAACUUUUUUUUAUAAAUUCAAGUAAUAUGAUACCUAUAUCAUAUUAUAGACAUAUAGACAGGGGCGGUUUUAGUCACGGGCAGACGGGUUGCCAUGAGGAGAGGGGUGGCAUUUUUCUUUUUUUUGUGUGUUUGGCGCCCUCUGCAGACAUAAAAAAGUAGUGCGUUUGCGGUAUUGCACAACCAUUGUCGUUCGCUUGUUUGGGGCGGCGGCCGGGGGGCGGGUUCAGGGGAAAACCUGCACCCGGGGUGCCAAAUGUGCUAGGACAGCCACUGCAUAUUGAUUCUUUAUUUGUAAUUUAAAAGUUAGAUAUGAUACAUAUACACAGAUACAUACAUAUACUCGCUCUGAUACAUAUACCCGCUCUGGAUAAGAGCAUUUGCUAAAUGACUAAAUAUACAGACAAACACACACUCCAGGUUUGCAGUAAAAGUACACACACACUUUGGCAGCCGUAGAACUGACUAAACAAAAAGGUUUUUAACCUAACUUUGAAUGUCCAAACGGUAUCAGCCUCCUUAAUUGAGACAGGUAAUCUGUUCCAGAGAAGGGGUGCUCUAUAUGAGAACGCCCUGCCUCCAGCAGUUUUUUUAAAUACAUUUUGGGAACCACCAGAUAGCUGGCAUCUUGGGAUCUUAGUGUCCUUAUGAGGUGAUAGGGUGCAAGGAUACCAGAGAGGUAUGGUGGUGCUAAUCCAUGGAGAGAUUAAAUCAUCUUCUACUGCUCUCCUCAUACUUUCUCUCUCUGAUUUACAAUAAUCAUGGCAGAGUAGGUACGAUUUAAAAACUUCAUGUUUGCCUUGUACACAUGGAGUGAAAUACAGUGAACACUCACUGCCAGUGAAACAGAGGAAAAAGCUAGAGCUUUUUUUUCACAUGGUUCCGGUAGUUUGCUGUAGUUCCUAAAACCCCACUGCUGUCCCCUGUUUGAAUGGUUUUUGACAGGACAGACAGCAGCACCAUCUUGA